UUUUGUUUAUACUUUUCUGGAGUGGUUGUCUGAAUGUCGUUGUUUUUUGUCGAGUUAUUGCAGUCAAAUUCACUGUUUCGACAUUACAACUUUAGAAAUACCAGAAUUAUUCAUUUUGUCAUGUGCACAACAUACACAACAAACAGUAAAUAAGUGAACCAUUUCUUUACUUUUCAAUAGCCAAAUUGUUUAUUGGUGUAACGGUCUUCUGGAAAAAAUGAAGGAAUUAAUCUUCAAACAAAUGGGGAAAAAAUAAAUGGCCAACGUGAGGAAGAGGUCGAAGAAGCCGACGUACACUUCGAGCCCAUCGUCAGUCUCCCUCUCAUCGACGUAUCGAAUAAUGAGGAGGACGAGAUUGAAAUGAUAAAACUACGGGCCAAGCUCUACCGUUACGACUCGACGAGCGAGCCAGCAGAAUGGAAGGAGCGUGGCACUGGUGAUGUCAAAUUACUCAGGCACAAGACCAAGCACACCGUCCGCGUUGUCAUGCGACGUGACAAGACCCUGAAAAUAUGCGCCAAUCACUUCGUCACACCCUGGAUGGAGUUGAAGCCCAAUUGUGGCAGCGAUCGUGCUUGGGUUUGGAGUGUACUCGCUGAUUAUGCUGAUGAACUGUUGAAGCCUGAGCUUUUGGCUAUUCGAUUUGCCAACGCAGAGAACGCAUCACUAUGGAAGGAAGCGUUUGAGAAGGCGAAAAAAAUUGUUGGCACCGAGUGUUCAAUAUAUUCAGGCAAGAAAAAUUCAGACGAGCAAGAUGACAGCUCCAGUGACUCCUAUAUAUCCUACAGCGACGACAGUGAUGAAGAGAGUGAAGUAAAAAAAUCGGCGGACAAGAAGCAAUCCCCGGAGGAUGAAGAAACCACCGAGAAACCAAAAGAGAAUACCGAGGACAAAGCAACUGAUGAAGUUACGGAGGUUCUCGAGAAACUCGAGGUGAAGGACGAGGAGAGCAAGUAACAAUGGCGAAAAUUGCUACUCCAACAUUAGAUGAUAAUAUUCCCACCUGCCCCCCCCUCCCCUCCCCCUGUACACAAAAGAAUCUAUUCAAAUACGAAUUUAUCGGCUUGAGAUACUAAUUAUUAAUUCACAAUUUUUGUAAUGAACUAUACGUUAAAUUUUUACAAACCGAUUUUUACAAAAUCGUUGGUCGUCUCACAGAAUAUUUUUUAAAAACGCAUUUUCAUAAUUUCGGGUGUGACAAGUGAUGAGAAAUAACGAAUGUUUUGUAAUAAAUGUUAGCAUGGUUAUCUGUGAUUUCUUCUUAUAAGUGCGUUUGCUGUUGUGCAGCUUCAGUCUUUUUUCAAUGGAUAAAUAAAUUUAGUAUUUCAA